AACAACGACCCGCAGACAGUCAACGGAUGAUCUUCGACGAGCGAAGAACUAGUUUCCCCACUGUCAGUGUUGUGACCUUCUAAGGCGUGAAAAGACUUCAACAUCGACUGUUUGGACCGAUUAGGAUGAGCCUAACUCAACACAAACCAAAGUAAAAUGCUUACUAUCAUAAGACUCCAACUGAUCUGGUGUGGAUUGAUAAUUGCUGUAAAAUUAGAUCUCUUCGAGGGGGAAAAUUGUACUCUGUCGAAUGGUGUUGAUGAGGGAGUUUGUCAGUUUACCAGUGACUGUCCGCAGCUGAAGAGCAUCCCACAAAAGGAAUGGAGAACCUGUGUGAUCUACAAUAUGACACCGGUCGUGUGCUGUCCUAGAACGGAAGCAAAAAUCAGCCCAGCACGUACCCAGACACGGAUAGCUUCCAAAAGUGAACUUAAAUGUGCUACAUUUCCGAACGCGUCGGACGCCGGUGACCGGAUCACGGGUACUGGCAGUUUGGAAGCGUCGUCGGAUGACUUCCCACAUAUAGGCGCAUUAGGAUAUACCGUGCGAACCAACCAGCCACAGCCGUUCCGUUGUGGCGCAAGUCUCAUAUCGUACCAAUAUCUACUGACAGCUGCCCACUGUGUUACGGGUGAGCCACCUCUCUACGCACGGUUUGGCGUGUUGGACUUGUUCAAUUUCAGCACAACCGAACCUCCGGUGGACAUAGCAAUUGAAAAAGUUAUCAUUCAUCCCAACUAUACCUCGAGGCCAUUGAGGAAUGACGUCGCACUGCUGAAGUUGAAUCGAACAGCUACCGAGCCGUUUCUAAUCCCCGCCUGUUUAUACGUCAAUCUGACGGAUCCAGCGCCCCAUGUUAACCUAUCGAUAGCCGGCUGGGGCAGUACGGAUCCAAACGAUAUCGAGUUGUCAUCGGUGCUACGUAAAGCGAACGUAACCACGCUGGAUCGAGCGGCCUGCAAUAACACUUUGGCGAAGGAUAAAUCCAGGCGUAGCACUGGUGAACUGCAGACCACCCAGUUGUGUGCCCUGGGGAGAAAUACACGCAAUGAAACGACAGGAGAUACCUGCGUUGGGGACUCCGGUGGCCCUCUGGCGCUGAUGCAUCAACGGCACCAUUACAUUGUGGGUGUGACGUCCAACGGGAAACUGUGCGGCACCAGUUCGCCGGGAAUUUACAGCCGGGUUGCGUACUAUCUGGAUUGGAUCGAGUCAAUCGUUUGGCGUGACGAUUAUCAUUCAUUACGGGGCGCGAUGGCUGUACCCGCAACGCUCCUACUGGUGGUCUUCCUCGGGAGGUACACCUUUUCCCAGAGUAUCAUUCGUUUACCAGACCUCUUCGAAAAAGACCCGUGUCCGCUGAAAAACGGCAACACCGGUGUUUGCCGCAGAACAUCCGAUUGUAUGGCGAGCUACCGAGCGGGGGAGUCACACUGCGAGUUUUUAGAAGACAAAGUUCCGGUAAUCUGCUGUGCGCCGGUUCCGAACGCAACGUUCGAUUCAUCCGCACGUGUCGUCAAUGAGGCGUGCGCCUCGGUACGAAAGACGGGAGUCCGAAUUGCGGACCACGCGGUCGGUGUGGUCACCGAGGCUAAAGUUGGCGAGUUCCCGUUCAUGGCUUUGGUUGUGUAUGCCGACGUACGGACACGGUGUGGAGCUUCGCUGAUUUCCAAUCGGUUUCUACUGACGGCAGCGCACUGUUUCCGGUCUGGGAAACCCCUGUCCAUUCGCCUAGGGACAAACCAAGCGGACGACUCUCUGGCCGAUACUUAUAACAUUGCAAAAAUUUAUCGGCACAAGGAUUACAGUCACCUGAGCAAACAAAACGACAUCGCGCUGAUUGAACUGCGAGACCCAGUCACGAUGAACGACCAAGUUCAACCGAUUUGUCUGUACACAUCGUUGAUCGAUCUUCCGGAGUCGGCGAAUUUAACCCUGAUGGGAUGGGGUAAAGAUAAUGCAGAAAAUCUACCAAACUCGUUGCUGAAAGGAACAGUCAAUCCGGUAUUACGAAGCACUUGCCAAGCCCGGUUCACAGCCGGCGGUUAUCCGCUCAAUCUCACCGAUAAACAAAUUUGUGCCCUGGGUGAGCUUAACUCGGAUCGUGUUGCGACCGAUACCUGCGAAGGAGACUCCGGUGGUCCGUUGGUACUUGCGCAGGACAAUAAGUUCUAUCUGGUUGGGCUGGUUUCCACCGGGCCCGGUUGUGGAGACGAAAAUUACGCCGGAAUUUACACUCGUGUUUCCAGCUAUCUUGACUGGAUUAUUGAGCGGGCAUGGAAGCGGUAGUUUGUGGAAACAAAAACGGAGGAAUGCAUUCCUCCAGAAAGAGAUUAUAGUAAAAUAGAAUAAUAAAAGUAUGUUAAAAAAUA